AAUUCAAACCCAGAACAGGGAAGGUAAACUUUAUAACAGCAUUUCUUUGAAUUGCAAUGGAGUAUUUUUACAUCGUUGUAUUGGUACUUUUACUUAAUAUUUCUUCCACCGCUGUUAAAAUCACUGAUUAUCAUUUAGCUUCUGGUAUGUUCAGGUUCACUCGGAUAGCACGCUAGAACCGUGUUACUUUAACGGGCCUUUAUCAGGAGAACUGAAGAUAUGGUUUGUUUUUGCUCUUAGAUAUAGGUGCUACAUAAAAACCAUUCAUAGCUAAUUUCAAGUUCCGGUCUUUCCCACUUUGUAACAGCGUUCAAAAGUGUUUCUGAACGUCCAACACACAUAGAUAACUCUAUGGUCCAACAGCGCUUGAACGCAACGAGAGAACUAGUCUAUGCGUAAUGACGUCAUCGACUUGUCAAGGACCCUGCCGUACUUCCCUGAAGUUGACCGUUGCUGUUUACAAGUGUAUCUUCCCGCGUUAUGAUAAAACAGCUGGUUAACAAGAACAGACGGAUAUUUAUGGCUCGUUCCUGAGUUUAGAAGAUGAUUAAGACCGAGAGGAUCCUGCACCUGAAGAGCUGCCGGGGCCGGAAGGUGCGUGUGGUGCGGGAACAUUAUCUGCGGGAGAAGGUCCCCUGCUACAGCUCGCUGUGUCAGGCGGACUGCGUGAACGAUGGGAAGCUGUUGCCGGGAGACCUGAUCCACUACGUGGUGCCUGAUGUUGGGGUGGUGGUCGACUACCUGGAGAUCUUGGAGUUAAGAGAGCUGCAGGGCAUCGUCUUCACCCAGACCGCCUGCCAGGGCGUGCAGCACAGCAAAGGACGCAGGCAAUACAACCGUCUGCGAAACCUGCUGAGAGACCCUCGACACGACUGUGUGCUGUUUGCCAAUGAAUUUCAAGAGUACGCCUACUGUCCGCGAGAGAAGGGGGAGAGUCAGGAGAAGUGGCAGACCAGGUGUGUGUACUCUGCAGCGGUAUGGUACUAUAACCACCUGGCAGGUAUGAUGGAUGUAGUGAUGAUCACAGAGGACCAGGACGCCGUGGCUCAAUACAGCUGCCUCAACUCUGGAGUGUACGUCAUCUCCGUCCAGGAUUAUCUGCAAAACUUCUGGCAGGAGCUGCAGGCAGCCCAUGAGCUGUACAGCUCCAUUUCCCAGACGCUACAAGAGAAGGAGAGCGUGAGCACGGAGAAGGAGUUCACUGAACAUCUGCCAGCUGAAGUCCUGGAGGCUGGUAUCAAGUCUGGACGCUACACUCAGGGUACUCUGAAUGUCAACAAGUACCGGUCACAGAAUGAAGCUUCAGUCAGGCCGGAGGGUUUCACUAACAAGAGCACAGAUCUGAGCAGGGAGGUGUUGGUGUACGGUAAUAAGAAUCGUAACAGGGCUGUACACGGCGACACGGUCGUGGUGGAGUUGUUGCCGAAGAGUGAGUGGAAAGGGAAGGUCACAGCGCUGACCGAGGGACAGGGGGAGGAGAAGAGCGGAGAGGACAACGACAGUAAACCCAUGCCUACAGGCCGCGUCGUGGGGAUCCUGCAGAGGAACUGGAGGGACUACGUGGUAACUUUCCCUCUCAGGGACGGGACUCAGUCCCAGAGCAGGAAUUCCCAGCGUAUCCUGGCUGUUCCCUGGGACAAUCGCAUCCCAAAGAUACGCAUCAGCACACAGCAGGCUGAGGCUCUGCAGGACCACAGAGUGGUGGUGCGCAUCGACUCAUGGGAAAGCACGUCGCUCUAUCCGAACGGACACAGUGUGCGGGUUCUGGGUCGGGCUGGAGAGCUUGAGACGGAGAUCCAGACUAUCCUCAUAGAGAACAGCAUCAACGUGCUUCCAUUCUCAGACGCACAGCUGAAAGAGAUGCCCGUCAACUCUCCUGAGAAGCCGUGGAAGGUGGAUCCCGCUCAGGCGACGGAGCGACGGGACCUCAGGAAGAGUCACCUGGUGUUCAGCAUCGACCCGAAGGGCUGCGAGGACGUAGACGACACGCUGUCGGUACGCAGCCUCGCCGGAGGGACGCUGCUGGAGCUGGGGGUCCACAUCGCUGACGUCACCCACUUCGUCGCUAAGGGCUCACUCACUGACUUGGAGGCACGUUCGAGAGCUACGACCUACUACCUGGCAGACCGCAGGUACGACAUGCUGCCUGCUGUCCUCAGUUCAGACCUCUGCUCACUGCUGGGAGGAGUCGACAGGUAUGCGAUGAGCGUGCUGUGGGAGCUCGACGCACAGACCCUCGCUGUCAACAAGGUGUGGUACGGUCGCACGCUCAUCCGCUCCUCCUACCAGCUGCACUAUGAGCUGGCUCAGGCCCUGCUCAACGGAGAGCAGGCCGAGGUACCGGAGCUGGUCCGGCUCGGGUCUGAGGAGAAAGACGCUAAGCUAGCUGAGCUCACCCAGGCUCUGGAGAGGCUGACCCACGUAGCCAGACACCUCAGAGCGCACAGGGACAGAGGGGGCGCGCUGGAACUGGAAGGGGUGGAGGUUCGAGCCCAGCUGGACAAGGAGAAGAACAUCACAGCCCUGGUCCCCCGUCAGCCCCUGGAGGUCCACGAGACGGUGGCCGAGUGCAUGAUCUACGCCAACCACUGGGUGGCGCGCAAGAUCCAGGAGGCCUUUCCUCAUCAGGCUCUGCUGCGGCUCCACCCACCGCCACGGGUGGAGUUCUUCAGCCAGCUGGUGGAGAGCGCCAACGCCAGAGGCUUCACCAUCGAUACCAGUUCCAACAAGGCUUUAGCAGAGUCUCUGGACGCGGCCGUGGACCCGCAGGACCCGCAGGUGAACAGGAUGCUGAGGAUGAUGGCCACCCACGCCAUGUCUCAGGCUCUGUACUUCUCCACCGGCGCUCUGCCCCAAGAGAUGUUCUACCAUUACGGUCUGGCUCUGGACUUUUACACACACUUCACGUCUCCCAUCCGUCGCUACGCCGACAUCGUGGUCCACCGCCUCCUCACGGCGGCCAUCGCCAUGGACAAAGGGUCGAGCUCCAGCGAAGCGUUAGACAGUAACAGAGAACUGGAAGAAAUUUCUCACCACAUCAACAGCAGGAACAGGGCAGCCCAGCGCGCCCAGAAUUUGUCGGUGCAGUUGUUUCAGUGUCUGUACUUCAAAGACAGAGACCCUCAGACAGACCAGUGCUGCGUGGCCGACGCUCUGAUCUACUCCAUCCGUGACGACGGCGUGUUGGUGUUUGUCGCACAGUACGGUGUGAAGGGGCCGGUGUACAUGAAGAAUCGAGAGGGUCAGGUUGUGGCUGUCGGAGAGGACGGCAGCUGUGAGUGGCAGAGCGGCUCCGUGCGACGAUAUUCGGACCACAUCACCACCACCUCCGGCUGCGGCACCUCCACCUUCAGACUGUUCGACCACAUCACUGUUCGUAUUUCCGUCCAGUCGUCACGUUGCCACGCGGACAGUCUGAACCUGGAGGUGAUCAGCAACAAGCCCCACCGGAGCGCCGAGCCCCAGCAGCCCCAGCAGCACCAGGGCCGCAGCCAGCUGGUCCAGGAGGUGGUGCGUCAGGCCGAGGAGGCGUCCCAGCAGGCUCAGGAGAAAGCCGCCCGACGCCCCAAACUCUCCAGAGAGGAGAGAGAGUUCUCCCAGAGCAAAAGCCCCAACCUGUACUUACUCCUGGAGGAGAUCAGAGAGCUGGCCCUGAUGGACCCGAGACUCACCGCACAGGUCUGCGCUUCAACGGCGUGAAGCUGCUGUGACACACACAGAAAAGGCUGCUGGGUCUUUAAAUAUCAGGGAUGACUGUUGUGAAGAAAUAUCAGUAAACAAAUCAACCGUUUUAAUGCUCAUCAGCAGCUGUUUUUAAAAUCAUGAUGGCAGAUUUGUAUUUAUUUAUUAUAUUUACACUUCCUGUCAUGUGAAAGGCCUUAACGAGUCUUUGACGACAUUAAACGAGACGAGAAAUCAGCUGAUUCUGUGGACGUUUUCAUUAAGUUGGUCUAAAGAUAAAGAGC